UCUUCCUCUUCCCCCCUCCCCCCUCCCUCCAUCACCUCUUUGCCCUCCCACUCCUCAACCUUCCCCCCCCACCACCAUCUACAUCAACAUGUCUACAUCAUCCACUUCUCCAAACCCCGCCCCCAUGUCCGUCCCCCACCUCGUCAUCCGUGUCAACAGUGACUCGGGGGGCGAAUCCACUCCAGCUGCAGAGCGUGAGCGCAGUUCCGCCCCUCUCAGCGCCGCCAUGUCCAGCCACAGCGCAUCUACCUCCCCGCCCAGCCACAUGAAUGGUCACAAUCAGUCCACAACCUCAAAUGGCGGCACUACCCCGAGACUCAAGCGUGAGGAGGAGGACGAGAUUGACGAGCUUCGUGACGACGAGCCAGUACCCGCACCGACGCCGGCGCGCUCGGCUCCACCUGCGCCCACACACGCCGCCCCUGUCGUACCAAGCCCCAAGCCGGCCACCUCUGGAUCCAAGAGCCGCAAGUCGUCUUGCGACUUGUGUCAUCACCGUAAGAUCAAGUGCGACCAGGUUCGCCCUUCCUGCUCUUCAUGUCUUCGCAAGGGCCACCCAUGUCACUACUCUGAAGAAACCGAGGCCAAUAACGUCCAUAACCGUCGCGCCGUGUCCGUUGCCGUCGCAGGCGGCGACCGUAUCGAGGUCCCCAAGCCCGUCGCUCACAACCAGCGUUACUCGAGCGCUGGUGGCUCCCCGGCGUGGCUCUCAAGCACUUCGCGGCCCAAGAGCGGUGCGGCAGGCGGAAGCCGCCCUACAUCAGCGACUGGGGGUAGUGCCGAGCGCAAGCGCCGGCUCGACAGGGAUCGCAUCGUUAAUGGCUACGGCUCGAGCUCGGACGAGGAAGGUGGUGCCACCGGCGACGUCCCGGGCAACGUCAAGAGACGCCCGGCGGCUGGUGCUGUCGACAAUGACCUCGCCGACAUGCUUGGCGAGGGCAAGGACGACGAGGUUGACGAGCUCGACUCGGCCGACGAGAAGGAGGCCGGCUCGCCGAGAAGCAAGAAGCGCGAUGCAUCGGUCGAUGACGACCUCUCCAACGACCUCCUCGAGCUCGCCUCCGCUCCCCCCAAGAAGAAGAAGGUGCGCCCUUCAAUGCCCGAGCUCCCGCGCACAUCAUCGUCGAACCGUGCCCGCGCGACGCCCCGUUCCAGCCUCCCCGCGCAAAUCCUGCCUCAGCCGCAGCAAGCGGCCGCGACAAUCCACCACUCGUCCGUCGCGGCGCGCUGGGACGCGUACGGCGCCCCCCUCCUCACUUUGAUGGGCUCCCUUCCUUCGUCCGAGACCCAGAACAUCCUCUUCCAGACCUUCUUCCAGGACCCAUUCCUCACAGAGGGCAUCUCUCUUCUGCAGCCGCAGUUUGUGGACGAUUUCCACUCGCUCGUUGACCGCCGCGCCUCUGGUAAGAUGCGUGAAGGCGACGCUACCACCUUGGCGAACGCCUUCGCAUUCCUCGCUGUCGCCAUGCGUGUCCUCCCCGAGGAAACCGGCAAGCUCCUCCUUGCGUCGGGCGCGUCCACGGCUAGCAGCGCCCCUCGCUCCGCGAGCCGCAUCAUUGCCAACCAACCGGCCUCGGCUUCCGACCCUACGCCCCUCGACCAGCGCUACUUUGAGCUGGCCCUCCUCGCCGGCCAAAUCGCAGAGCAGCGCGACGCACCGUCGGUCAUGUACGUCGUGCACAAGCUCAUUCUCUUCCGCUACGCCACCCUCGGCUUCCGCAAGGACCGCGUUGUUCUCGCCGGCGGGUGGCUCGCACAGGCCAUCAAGACCGCGCAGGCCUUGGGCAUGAGCAAGGAGUGGGAGGGCAUUCCACAGGGCGAGCGCGAGCUUCGCCGCCGCGUCAUGUGGGCGCUGUACGUCGCCGACCGCCAGUUCGCCUUUGAAACUGCGUUCCCCUACACAAUCUUGGACACGCACCAGGGAAUCCACCUCCCGUCGCCGAUCUCCGAAGCCGAUCUGUACAAGAUCCCUGCGGACGCCCCUACACUUCCGCCGCACUCGACUGAGGCUGGCCCGACGCAGUGCACUGCACUCUUUAUCCACACACAUCUUGCGCGCCGCAUUACUCCCAUCCUUGACUCGUUUGCGACGGUGGGACCGUCCGGCACGCCGCACGACUUGGUGCUCCGGUUUGACGCAUCGCUUGACGCCUUCCAGGAUGCACUCCCGCCGUAUCUCCGUCUGUUUCCUCUGACGGACACGCGCUUUGACUCGGCUCACGCGUAUCUCGCGCCUCACCGUGUGCGCCUUCACUCGACUCUGCUGUCGUACCGUCUGGGCGUGCACCGUGCGCACCUCGCCGCAUACUUCUCGCCGUCGAGCUCGCCUGGCGUUCGCGCCGUGAUUGCGCAGGUGUGCCUCGCUUCCAUCAGGGUGCAGAAGAGCGCCAAGAUGCUUGACUCGAAGCUCUCUUCGCGGCUGUUCAACCCCGCGACCGUUUUCGAGGCCGCCGCAACUCUUGCGCUCAUUAUGCACGUGGAGCGCUGGGUUGCGGGGCCUACUGCUGCCCAGGCCAUUGGCAUGUCGAGCGAGUACCUUGCGAUGCGCGCGGGCGUCGCCGACGGCUCGGAGUUGCUGGACAGCGUUGGCGCCCUGGAUGGCGGCAGCUUUGCGCGCUUGGCCGUGCGUGUUCUUCGCGAGGUGGUUGCCAAGGUCGACCAUGGACCUCGCUUCCCCUCUGUCAGCUCGCCUCACACUAAAACGAAUGGCAUGGCGAACGGCGACAGCGUCUCGCCAAACGGUGACCGCUCGGCCUCGCCACAGCGUGAGGGCUCGCCGAGUGCGGGCAUCGGCCACGCUGCAGUCAACGCCUGGAUCGACAGCUGGCGCACCAACGCCAUCAACAUCGACUACCUCCUGCGCGAGGCUGACUGGACGAGCUGGGAGAAGGUCAUCUCGGGCAUGUAGGAUUUACUUCUCUUUGGGAUCUCUCGUUCGCAUUGUUCGCAUGCAGUGCUACUAUACUUUGGAUACCCUGCUUUGUACGUAUAGAGUAUUCGUUAUGCUAGCUGUUGGGUUUUGGUAUGAGCUCUUG